CUCUACUCCUUUUUGCUAGCUCAGAAGAGGUUAGGAGCAAAUUGUUUCAAAGAGAUGGAGCACAAGCACGUUUUGCUGUCAGCAUUGGGUGUUGGGGUUGGUCUCGGAGCAAGCCUUGGGUUGAGCUCAGGGCUUGGAGGGAUUCGCGAGUCUGGUGAUGAGCUUUAUGGUGAACAGAUUGAGCAGGAGCUUUUGAGGCAGGUGAUCGAUGGAAAGGAAUGCAAAGAAACUUUUCAAGAGUUUCCGUAUUACUUAAGUGAAAGAACUCGAGAGUUAUUGAAAAGUGCUGCAUCUGUUCAUUUAAGGCAACUUUUCUUUUCCAAGCACACUCGGAACCUUUCACCAGCAAGCAGGGCAAUUCUGCUUUCUGGACCCGCGGAAUUUUACGUACAAACGCUUGCCAGGGCUUUAGCACAUCAUUUUGAAUCAAAGUUGCUGCUACUAGAUGUAGCUGACUUCUCUUCCAAGAUACAAAGCAAAUAUGGAUGUGUAAGAAAAGAAUCAGGAGUGUCGGAUUUGCUUGGUUCUGUCCUCUCUUCAAAUGGCAAAACUAAAGGCACUUUUCAGAAACACAGUAAUGCUACUGGAAGUCCCAAUAUCACUUCAAAUAUUCGUGCGACUACUGCUUCCCAAUCUGCUCCGGCAAAUUCUGCUAAGCAGAAAAGUAGCUUGUGUAUCAAUGAAAAACUCUUUAUGCGGUUGCUUUACAAGGUAUUGGUUUCUGUGUCAGAAAAGAGUUCCAUCAUCUUGUACAUUAGGGAUGUUGACAAGAUUUUCCUCCAAUCAGAGCAACUGUAUAAGUUGUUUAAUGAUAUGCUGGGGGAAAUUCGAGGGCCAGUGCUGAUACUCGGUUCCAAGAUCGCUGUCCAAACCAAAAAACCUGGAAAUCUCCCACCAUACAUAGUGUUGUCUCGCAAAGAGAAUAAAUGUUCAAAAGUUGAUGAAAGGCUUGUAGCAUUGUUCCCUUACAUCAUUAAGAUCAAGCCACCAGAAGAUGAAAAUGAUCUUAAGGAAUGGAAAGCCCAGCUGGAAGAGAACAAGAAAACAAUUGAGUCUCAAGAUAACAGAAACCACAUUGCUGAUGUACUGGCAGAAAAUGAUGUUGAAUGUAGAGACUUGAAUUCAAUUAGCCAUGAGGACACAAAGAUACUAAGUAAACAUAUCGAAGAAAUUGUGUUAUCCGCAAUAUCUUACUACUUGAUGAAUAUCAAGGAUCCAGAAUAUCGGAAUCAAAAGCUUGUAAUAUCAUCUGAAAGCUUGUGCCAUGGUUUGGAUCUAUUUCGCAAAAAGGAAAGCAGGGACGAGGGAAAGAAGCAAGGGACUAGUGGAAAGAAGCAAGAAACUAGGGGAAAAAAGGAAGUUCGUCCAGACAAUCAGCAUGAGGGGCAUAUAAGAGAAGAACUUAUCCCUGCGAAUGAGAUAGGAGUUACAUUCUCAGAUAUUGGUGCUUUAGAGGAAAUUAAGGAAUCACUACAAGAGCUAGUCAUGCUUCCACUUCGAAGACCAGAGCUCUUCAAAAGUGGGCUUCUUAAGCCUUGUCGAGGCAUAUUGCUCUUUGGACCUCCAGGUACUGGAAAAACAAUGCUUGCAAAGGCAAUUGCCAAUGAAGCAGGAGCUAGUUUCAUCAAUGUCUCCAUGUCUACCAUCACAUCAAAGUGCUUUGGAGAAUCUGAGAAGCAUGUCCGUGCUCUGUUCUCUCUCGCUGCAAAGGUUUCUCCAAGUAUCAUUUUCAUUGAUGAGGUUGAUAGCUUGCUCGGGAGUCGAGCAAGACAUGGAGAGCAUGAGGUUACGAGGAGGAUUAAGAAUGAAUUCAUGACCCAUUGGGAUGGUCUAUUGACAAAACAAGAUGAGAGAAUUCUGGUUCUUGCUGCAACCAAUAGGCCAUUCGACCUUGAUGAUGCAAUCAUAAGGCGAUUUGAGCGAAGAAUCAUGGUUGGUCUUCCAUCAGUGGAGGCUAGGGAGAUUAUCUUGAAAACCCUUCUAAGUAAGGAAAAUACUGAAAAUUUAGACUUGAAGGAGAUUGCGGUCAUGACAGAGGGGUAUACUGGAAGCGACCUCAAGAAUUUGUGCACUGCUGCCGCUUAUCGACCUGUUAGGGAGCUAAUAAAACAGGAGAAGUUGGAGGCUUUGGAGAAGAAUAAAGAAGAGGCUGAAGGCCAAAACUCAAAAGCUGCUUCAAGUGCCAAAGAGGAUACAAAAGAGAAGGACAAGAGUGAGAAAGAUGCUGAAGGUCAAAGCUCAGAAGCUGCUUCUAGUGCUAAGGAGGACAAAGAAGAGCCCGUGAUUACCUUGAGGCCUAUAAAUAUGGAAGACAUGAUUCAGGCUAAGAAUCAGGUUCCUGCAAGUUUUGAUGCUUGCGGAUUAAUUAUGCAUCAGUUGAAGCAGUGGAAUGAGCUGUAUGGAGAACGAGGUUUGCGGUAGAUAUAUCACUUAAAUGAAUUCCAGUUGGAGCAACUUUUAGUAGGAGAAUGGUUUACCGUAAAAAUAAAACCUAGUUA